AUGGCCAAAACCGCCAAACUCAAGAAGAAGCAAGUCACCCCGCACUCCCGCGCCGCGCGCCGCGCCGCCUCGCCCUCGAUCCCACUCCCCAAGCCCACCUCACCGACCAGCACCCCCGCGAAACCCGCCAAACCGACACCCGCGCACCACGUCCUCAGCGCGCCCAGCGGCAUCCGCAAGAAGCCCGCCAAAACAACGCGCGCGCAGCGCGUGCGCGCCGAGAAAGCCAUGGAGCGCGCUGCAGAUGAUAUGGAUAAGUGGGCGCUGAAGCGCGAGAAGAGUAUUGUCAAGGCGGCGGCGAUUAAGGGGCGGGCUAAGGGGUGGGAGGAUAUUAAUGAGUGGGAGGAUGUUGAGGAGGGGGAGGAGGAGGGGGUGGAGGGGAAGAAGGUGAAGGCGAAGAAGGGGAAGAAGGUGAGGAGUGAGGUGGAGGGGGGUGCGGUGGGGGAUGUGGGGAUGGCGGAGGUGCCGGAGGUGCAGGGGGCGGCGGUGCAGGAGGGUGCGGUGGUGGACGGGGGGGAUGAGAUGUUGUGA